AUGGAAGCCGUAGUUUUUUUUAUAAACAAAGUGGUAGAGGCGACACAAAUAAUUUUGGAAGAAGAAGAGGAGGAGGAGGUUUCGUCACAACCACGAAACAGGAACCCACACAUCGAGCGAGACCGAGAAAGUGCUAACCAAAGAUUAAUCGUUGAUUACUUUGCCGACGAGCCGCUGUACUCUGAGGCUAUUUUUAGACGCCGUUUCAGAAUGAGUCGUCGACUUUUCUUACGUAUCGCCGACGAUUUACCAGCUUAUCACCCGUUUUUUACCAUGCGACCCGAUGCUAGAGGCAAAAUGGGCUUCACCACCUUACAGAAAUGUACUGCGUCGAUUCGUCAACUUGCUUAUGGGACGACAGCCGAUUCUUGGGACGAAUACUUAAAGAUGGCCGAAAGAACUGCUAGAGAAUGUUUAUACAAGUUUUGCAAAUUUGUGGUAAAGCUCUACAGCCAAAAAUAUUUGCGAAAACCGAACCACAAUGACGUUCAAAAUUUGUAUCAACACCACCAAGCAAGGCACGGUUUUCCAGGCAUGCUCGGGAGCAUUGAUUGCAUGCAUUGGUCAUGGCGGAAUUGUCCUACCGCUUGGCGAGGAAUGUAUACGCGAGGCGAUCAGGGACAUCCAACAAUAAUUCUAGAAGUUGUUGCGUCUCAAGACCUAUGGAUUUGGCAUGCUUUCUUUGGUAUUCCUGGUUCGAAUAACAACAUCAACGUUCUACAAAAUUCGGAGGUUUUUGACGAUGUUAUAAAAGGGGUCGAUCCUGAUACGAGUUUUACAGUUUCGGGCGUGGAGUACAGACGCGGGCAUCCUGCGGAUGAAAAAAGAAAGAAAUUUGCCAAGUUUCAAGAAGCGGCUAGAAAAGAUAUUGAACGGUGUUUUGGGGUUCUCCAACAAAGAUGGCAUAUUAUUGAAAACCCAGCACGCGCUUUUACACCCAAAACGUUGCGAUACUGUAUGUAUGCUUGUAUUCUGCUGCAUAACAUGAUCCUCGAAGAAGACGAAGGACAUGCAAUUUGUGAGUAUGACGAGAACGCGGUGGAGGAGAAUAAUGUUCCGGUUAGCGGAGAACAACAAGAUUUGAACAGGUUCUCGUUACAUAACGAUUUCACACAUGUCAAUCUUCAAUCGGACUUGAUCGAUCACAUUUGGAGUCUCGGAGAAAACAACGUGUAG